AUCUGUGUGCCUCGCUGGCUUACUGCAGCUCCCAGCACCUGCAGAACCUGGCACGGCUUGUUCCCUGUGCCCAGACCAUGGCACUGAAAAGCAAGGAAAGACCAGCCUGGAUCAAGCGUUUUGAACUUGCAGGCUUGCAUUGGGGUAAACUAGAGACUUUUUAUAGUUUUGUGGGGGAGGAGACAUGCAGGUCACACCAGGCAGCCAGUACUUAGGGUGUUGGGAUCAGUCUGUUAGUGCUUGUGUUGGGAAUCCCAGCUCCUGGGGGACCCUGUCACCAGGGCUCGGUGGAUGGAGUGGAUCUGCACUGCUGGUGUGGGGUGCGCCUGAGCCAGAGACCUUGCACCUCGGGAGGUCCAGAGACCUCACACCUCGGGAGGGCCACAGGACCACCGGUGGGAAAGGAUCCCCAAGGGUCCUCUCCUGGAGCUGCUCCACUUCAUGCAGCAAGAGAAGCUGUUAUUGAGCUUGGUCUGACCUGGGGACUCUCUCCUGGAAGGAGUGCCUGAGCUGAAGGGAUCUGUGGUUGUUUCAGCUCUCCCUCAGCCUGGGAGCAGACGCAGCCCAUAGUUGAACGCUCAACUGAAUCGUCUUUGAAUCUGUCAUGUCCCUACAAUCAAUUCAUGUCAAUGGAUUGCAGAGGAGAGAGGGGCGGAAGAGAAACAUUUUGGUAAAAAGCCCUGGUUACAGUGAUGCACCAGUGCUGUUGUUGGAGUUCAGUCCCAGCCACGUCUGCCCAGGUGUGAGCAUGGAGAUGUCGGGCUCCACACUUUCCUCUGGCUGAAGUUGCUUAAAUCAACUGAUCUGGGAGCAAAAGCAGAAGCAUGUGAUUUACACGACUGUGUGUGUGACAGGACCAACUCAGCCAAAGAACAAGAUGCCCAUGAAGUUUAAUCUCUCUUAGCCUUAAAAGAAAAACGGAGGAGUAAAAGUUAUGGAUCCUUUAUACUUUUCCAACACAUUUACCACAGAAGCUAGUUCCAGCGAUGUGAAUUCCUCGCUGUUCACAAAUGUGACAGAGAAUGGGACACUCUCAGAGCAGCCUUCAUUCAAAUACAUCCACAAGGUCCUGAUUCCCAUCUGUUACCUCCUUGUAUGUGCAGUUGGACUCAGCGGCAACACGUUGGUCAUUUACGUGGUUUUGCGCUAUGCCAAGAUGAAAACCGUCACCAACAUAUACAUCUUGAAUUUAGCUGUUGCUGAUGUACUCUUCAUGCUGGGCCUGCCCUUCCUGGCCACCCAGAACGCCAUCUCCUAUUGGCCCUUUGGCUCCUUUUUGUGCAGGCUGGUUAUGACUGUAGAUGGUAUUAACCAAUUCACUAGUAUUUUUUGUUUAACCGUGAUGAGCAUGGACCGCUACCUGGCAGUAGUUCAUCCCAUUAAAUCAACGAAGUGGAGACGCCCCAGGGUGGCCAAGCUCAUCAGCGUGACUGUCUGGACAUUCUCGUUCUUGGUGGUGCUUCCAGUCAUCAUCUUUUCGGAUGUGCAGGAAGACUUUCAGACCUGCAACAUGAACUGGCCAGAGCCCGUCAACAUCUGGUCGGCAGCAUUCAUCAUUUACACAUCGGUCCUUGGUUUUUUUGGUCCUUUGUUAGUGAUCUGUCUCUGCUACUUGCUGAUCGUGAUUAAAGUCAAAUCUUCAGGGAUCCGAGUUGGGUCUACGAGGCGCAGGAGAUCAGAGAGGAAGGUGACCAGAAUGGUGGUGAUCAUUGUGGUGGUCUUUGUGUUUUGCUGGCUCCCAUUUUACAUGAUGAACAUUGUCAAUUUGAUAUUUAUACUGCCAGAAGACCCUGUGUUGGUAGGGGUGUACUUCUUUGUGGUGGUCCUGUCCUAUGCAAACAGCUGUGCCAACCCCAUUCUUUAUGGAUUCCUUUCUGACAACUUCAAGCAGAGUUUUCAGAAAGUUCUUUGCCUCCGAAAGGGCAAUGGUGUAGAGGAUGGUGACCCCAUUGAACACAGGCAAGAGAACAGCAGCCGCUUGCAGGAAUCAAUGUUAACCCAGAGAAAUAUUGAAUUCAAUGGACAUAUGCAGACCAGCAAGGUCUAAGGGCAUGGUUUGGUACUGCAAAGCACUUGUAGACCUGGAGAACUUGGGGACUUAAAGGAGAGAUUAAUUCAUAGAGAAGCUAAAAUCUGGAGACCCACAAGCUCAAAUAAAUGUGCAUAGACUUCUCUUUACUCCUCUCCCUUUUCCAGCUGAAAGUGUUAUGGGUUAUGCUGGGCUGAGUGAAGAUCUUACGAUGUUUUAGUGAAGUCAGACGUGUUACCCCUUUCAGCACUCUAGAGAACUGAUUUACUGGUACACACUGCUGGCUCUGUACUGCUCUAGUGAUGCAAAACAACACUAAACCUGUUUUAACUACCUUGUUAAGCUGAGUUUGUGGCUGCUUUGCACUGUUGGGAUCAGCUCAAAACAGAAAACAGCUCAGAUAAUAUCUUUAGAAGUCUUCAAGGGGAUCUCUUAAAAGAAAAACACUGUUUCUUAAGAGGAAGUUUCAUAGAAAAAAGGCCACAGGCACUGAUCUUGAAAUUGUGUAUGAGUCGUGGUUAUAGAGUGCUGUGUAGUCCAUUUACAUUGGUUUACUGUCAUUAACCCAUACAAGAGAAUCAUAGCAUUCAGGAAUCUUUCAAAAACAAUAAGAAAGAAUAACAAGACUAGGAAAACAUUGUUGAAUGGAUUCAAUGUAUUCAUAAUACUUUCACAUUCUAAACCAAACUGCAUAUAAAAUGUAAUGUAAUCACUUUAUUAUUAUGUAAGUGAUGAUGGUUGUGAAGUCCUGGAAAGCUGUUGUGUAUAUUUAUUGGUUCUGAAUGUAAGUAUGGCCAUGAAUAUAAACUGUAUUUUCAGAAAUUAAAACAAGUUCA